AUGCCCGAGAACGACAAGGCGCAGCCUGAGUACGUGAAAGCUAAGACGGCGGUGUGGUGGGACAUCAACAGCUGUCCGCUUCCACAUGGUUAUGAUGCUCGUCGGGUGCGUCCGAGUAUAGAAUCGGCGUUGAAGAAUUUAGGAUACUCUGGUCCUGUCGACAUCACUGUCAUUGGCUACCUAGAAGACACCCCUCAAGUCGUUCUGCGAGGGCUCUCUUCCACAGGGAUCUAUGUUAAACACGGUCGCGCAAACGGGAUCCUUUUUAACUUGUUGAUAUCUUGGCAAGAGCGUAAUCCACCUCCGGCUUCAAUGAUGCUCAUAUCCGAUAAAGUGGAAGAUAUCUCUUUGGCUCUUUGCCAUCGACAGCAACGGAUUAGUGGAUACAACCUUCUUCGUGUAUAUAACUGUAUUCCUGAGUAUGUUUCAAUUUUGUACAAUACUGGGGAGUGGCUCUGGGAAAGCUUACUGGCGACAGGUAUGAAAUCAAUAAUGAACCGGAGACAAGAAUACAGUCUUCGUUUCGUAGGACCUUUAUUUUGCCCGAACAGCACCUGUUUUAUUGCUCAACAUGCUGCUUUCCUACCCAAAGCCUUGAAAUUUUCACCACGCAUCUCUCGGGUGAAGAACAUGAAAUUGAAGUAA